AUGCCUUUGGCUAAUCUGGUGGUGCCGUGGAGUCAGUCCAAUAAGGACAGCGACACUGUGAUCUCAUCGACGCCCAGUCCCGAAGACCUGCCCUCGCAGUCAGCCAUCAACGAGACGGCCGCCGAUGGACAGCAUAUCGACGACGAGACUAUGUCGACAAUGGAUGUGGAGAACAGUCGCGACAACUCGGUGGAGGAGAUUGAGGUGACAAACGUGACCAAAGAGGGUCACCCGGUGGCAGAUUCCGGCCACUUCUCGCUGCUCCGGGUGUUGGGCGAGGGAUCGUUCGGCAAAGUAUUCCUCGUCAAGAAGAUCAUCGGUCCCGACACCGGCAGCCUAUACGCCAUGAAAGUGCUCCGGAAGGCCACCCUUAAAGUGAGAGACCGGGUGCGGAGCAAAAUGGAAAGGGAUAUUCUGGCAGAGGUAAUGUUCACCGAAGAGGACGUAAAGUUUUAUUUGGCGGAACUGGCGCUGGCGCUCGACCACCUGCACACACUCGGCAUCAUAUACAGGGAUCUGAAGCCAGAAAAUAUUCUGUUGGACUCGACCGGACACAUCAGUCUCACGGACUUUGGUCUCAGCAAAGAGUCGCUAAACAACGAGAAGUCGUUCUCCUUCUGCGGGACCGUCGACAAGCCGCAUGAAUACAAGCUCUACGACUGGCCACAGGAUGGUAAGGUCCCCUGGUUGUCCUUCCUGUGCUUGCAACAGAUCAUGAAAGCCAAACUAUGUAUGCCUCAGUACCUGAGCCCCGAAGCGCAAAGUCUGCUCCGAUGUCUGUUCAAACGAAAUCCGGCCAAUCGGUUGGGUUCCGGGCCAGAGGCCGGCCAAGAGCUUAAAACUCAUCAAUUCUUCGCGACAAUAGAUUUCGAGAAACUGUUCAAUAAAGAAAUGACUCCACCAUUCAUACCAGCCAUCAAUCGCACCGAUAAUUUGUUUUAUUUUGAUAAAGAGUUUACUAAUAAAGCGCCGGAAGACUCGCCCGGAGUGCCGCCCAGCGCUAACGCACACGAGUUAUUCCGUGGGUUUAGUUUCGUAGCACCGAAUCUGUUAGAAGAGGAGACUCUGAUGCCAAACAACAACGAGAACAACACAAACGCCACAAACAGUUACGAGUCGCCAAAGACGUCGCAGACGGUGUCGCGGAUACUGUUGCGACAGAUCACCAAAUGCAAGGAACGCUCGCUUCACGACUACGACUUCUUCGAGGAGUUGGGCAAAGGAUCUUAUUCUUGUUGCCGCCGAUGCGUCCACAAAGAGACCGGCAAACAGUACGCCGUUAAGGUUAUCGACAAAUCAAAGCGCGAUUGUGCCGAAGAGGUAGCAGUUCUCCUGAGAUAUAGUCAGCACUCGAAUAUCGUUACGCUUCACGAUGUGUACGAAGACACCACAUCUGUCUACCUGUUUAUGGACCUCAUGUCCGGCGGCGAGCUUUUGGACAAAAUCCUGAAUCAAAAGUAUUUCAACGAACGCGAGGCGAGCGCCGUAUUGGAAGUGAUCGCCACCACCAUUAAGUUCUUACACGAAAAUGGAGUAGUUCAUCGAGACUUGAAGCCCUCCAACAUCCUAUACGCCGACAACUCUGGCAACCCCUCGUCGAUACGUAUCUGUGAUUUUGGUUUCGCGAAGCAAAUGCGGGCCGACAACGGAUUACUGAUGACUCCCUGCUAUACCGCCAACUUUGCCGCUCCGGAAGUACUUAAGAAGCAGGGAUACGACGAGGCCUGCGAUAUCUGGUCGAUGGGUGUCCUACUCUACACGAUGUUGGCCGGUGUCACUCCAUUCGCUUACGGACCCAACGAUACGCCGAAUGACAUCCUGUGCCGUAUAGGCGAAGGCAAGUUUGAUCUGUCGUCCGGCAAUUGGGUCAACGUUUCUAAUUCGGCAAAAAAUUUGGUGGAAAGAAUGCUUCACAUCGACCCCAAACAGCGCUACAAAGCGGCCGAUGUCCUCAAUCACGACUGGAUCCGAUGUCGCAAUCAGUUGCCGGAGACGGCGCUCUCGCACCAGGAGCUGAGCGUCAUUAAGGCCAAUAUGGGUCUGGUGUUCGAGGCGAUCAAUAAGCCGACGUCCAUCAGCUUAGACCCGGUCAAGACGUCAGACCUGGCCCGGCGGCGAGCCAACCGCAUAAUUGAAAACUAA